AUGGCCAGGAUCAGAAAAAAGCCUAUCAAGAAAUACUGUCGGUGCACGCCGACUUGUAACACUUAUUUGAGUCAAAGUCAAAGGCGGAGGCAUGACAAAAAACUCACGCCGGAACAACUCGUGUACCAAAAAGAUUCAAUUGAGAACCUAUGCGAUGUAACACUGCCCAACAAGGCUCGCCAGCAUGCACCACGAAACUUCAGCAAGAUACCCAUCAGAAAACAGAUAUCAGCUAAAUACGAUGCGACGGGCCCUGAUACAGGAGAGUUCACUCACCCAGAAGUAUCCAAUGACGGCGAGGAAUAUACAGAGGACACAGGACUGUUUGUCCACAAUGAUGACCACGAAGAGGAACGCAUCUCAGACGUAGGGCUUCUAAACGAACAGGAGAGUUACUGGGACAAAGAAGAAAAUGAAGGAAUCCAAGAGGCGGCUGACUACGCCUCUCCUGGUGGGCAGGAUCCAGACGAACAGGAGAAUUACUGGGAUGAAGAAGAAAUCCGAGAGACGGUUGACUAUGACAGCUUUGAAGAACCGGAACCAUCCUCUCCUGGUGGGCAGGAUCCAGACGAACAGGAGAGUUACUGGGACAAAGAAGAAAUCCGAGAGACAGUUGACUACACCUCUCCUGGUGGGCGGGGGGGCGACUUGGAUGAAGAUGAAACAAUGCUUUAUGAAACCCAAGAGAUGGAGGAGCAAGAUGGAUUCCAGGACUGGAGGCCACCGUCUGCUGGAGGUUCCUUUGAGGGAUACACAACAUCAAAUCAUGAAGCAGAAGAGACAAAUGGUGGAUACCGGAGCAGAAGUCUUUCCGUCGAAAACGAGACAACAUUUGAUGCUUACCACAGAAUAGAAGAGAGAAACCACAGCAGACGUCCUUCCGUUGAGGAUGAGACACUAUCUGACGAUCAGAUGCAGGGUGAGCCACCUAUGGUAGAGCUAGAUGAAAGACAUAAUUUCGAUGAGGACGAAGAGACUUUUGAUCCAAAUAUGGUUUAUUUCGAUGAGGAGCUGGACGAACAACUGGAAGAUCUAGAAUAUGACUCAGCACCUGCACAAAAGAAACGAUAUGAUCUACUCGAAGACAUGCUAACUGCCAAACAAUACGCGUCCUUCUGGCAAACUUAUGAACUUACCGAACAAGAUAUCAAUGAUCUCCAUGCUUUCAAACUACGGAUGAUGUCGAACAUGCCGCGCUUGGCUUUCGAGCAAUUGCGGUUCGCGUUUGCACACAGGAUGGAGCUCAGCUCUCUAUAUGUCAUCAUUCAUCGUAUGGCUAUCCUAUUGUAUUUAGAGCCCAUCUGGAUUGAUUGCUGUGUCAACUCCUGCAUCGCCUACACGAAAGAGCUAAAAGAUGAAGAUCAGUGCCCAGAAUGCUCUGAAAAAAGGAGAACCAACAAGGGAAAGAGUCGCCAACUCUUUUGCUACCUGCCCAUCAUCCCGUGCUUGCAGCAAAUGUUCGCCAACCCAGAGCGUGUCAAGGAAUUAUCCUAUCGCCACACGUACGAAGCGAGUGCAACCUUGGUCUCUGACGUCUUCAAUUCCCAACAUUAUCGAGACCUCUGCAAUAAGAACGUCACUGUCGACAACGAAACAUUAGAUCACAAAUACUUUUCAGACAAAAACGACAUUGCCUUUGCAGUUUCCCUGGAUUCUUAUCUUCUUUACAAACGGAACCGUGGGGGUCCAUCCGCCACUCCACUGAUCAUCCAGCUCUACAAUUUACUGCCUCAUCUCCGCGUUCAUAUAGAGCGAAUUCUCUGUUGUGGCGUUAUCCCAGGUCCAAAAGGUCCAAAACGACUUGAGACCUUCCUGAGUCUCUUUGAGGACGAGUGCAUCGAGCUCGCCUACGGGGUCAAGACAUUUGACUGCACAAAACUGAACUACUUCUCACUCCAUGCAUACCUUCUCUUUUUACUUGCUGACAUCAUUGCGCUCGAGAAAUUCUUGGGUGUCAAGGGCCACAACGGAAAGUGCCCGUGUUGGUCCUGCAAAAUCAAAGCAGUAAACAACCCCCAAUCCUCGAACAAAACCUACUAUGUUCCCCUGAAGAAUCCUGCUUCGCAUCAGCAUUGGGAUCCACUCAAUCUUCCAUUGCGCUCCCAUCAAGAUUGGGCAGAAACAAACCAACGCCUUCAAGCGGCACGAACCAAGAAAGAGCGAGAAGAGAUUGCGCAGGGCACAGGGAUCAAGUGUAUGCCUGCCUUGACACGCGUGGGUUCUUUGGACUAUGCGCAAGGGAUGCCUUGGGACUAUAUGCAUCUUCUUCUCGAAAAUGGAUGA